AUUAUUACUAACAAUAUAUAAACAAAUUUAAAAUAUUUAAUCAAUUUUUGAUAAAAUGCCGAUUUCUGUACAAACGAACAAACUUCAUUAGUUCAAAUGUAUUUGCAAUAAAGUUGGUACUCCUGUCGAAAAUCGAAAUGACAUAAAAUUCCGUUAAAUUUAAAAAGAUCAAAUCCAUACAUACAAAAACAGUCAGUGAUUUUUUUAUUACCUAAUUUAUUUUAGUUAUUAAUGCUGUUACAAUUUUAUUAUGGAUUAAAUAGAAAUAUUCAUAAGCACGAUGUUUUUUCAAAUUUCUCCUGUAAGGAGGGAAAAGGUGCCAAAACUAGUAAAAAAAGAACCAGAGCCAGAAAUAAUUGAAGUUUUAUCUUUGGCCCCUUUUGCCCCAUCCCCAAAACUAUUCUUUGACAGAGUUGUUGUUGGAGAAACAGCCACAUGCAAGUUACUAGUAAAAAAUCCUACAAAACAAAGUCUGACCAUUUUCUUGACGAAAAAGGUGCCAGACGAACUAAAUGUUACUUAUAGCUGGGAAAGUCAAACUAUAGAGAAGGAAUCUGAAGUUUUAUUUGAAAUAAUCUGGAGACCAACUUGUCAAGAGUCUUCAUAUCACAAAAUUAGUUUCGAGACAACUAGAAAAACUCACAUAGAUGUAUCUAUAAUUUUUAAAAGUAUUUCACCUAAGAAACCAGACAAAAAACCGAAACGUGGCGCGGUCACUAAAAAAUCCCCCCAAAAAUCGCCGACAAAAAAAUACUACACAAAUCGACCAACAAAAAUAUCCUCAACGAAAUAUUCCCCAUCUCCGAAGAAAAUCAGAAGUGUGAAAACCACACCGCCCAAAGCUUUUGCGUUAUCACCAAAAGCAGUAAACAAUAAAGAGAAUAUGUCACCUGAUGGCGGUCUAACUAAAUACGUUCUAAACGAAGCCGACAGAAGAGGCACUUAUACGUUUCAACGAAAGGACGAUUCUAUAGAAGACUUCAACGAUAGCUUAGAAAUCGGUUCACUUAAACCGAUUCAAAUAUCCACACCGCAAGUUUCCAAAGAGCGCCCACCGCUGGCUGUUUACAACACCCGCGAAUUAACUCCGGAUGUUUCUUUCGGCACGUAUUUCAAACAGAGAUCCUGCAAGCCAGAUUCGCCGUUAAACUACGAAUUCGAGUACAAAUUGAUGCAGAUGGAAUCUUUUUCUUUCACUCCCAACAGAACGUCGCCCAGAAUCGACCGCCAACAAUUUGUAACCGAAAGAAUUAACAAAAACGACGAGACCGAUCAUAAUUUGACCUCCAACACGUACAUCAAAGAUAAUAUCAGCUUUGAGACAUACGUCAAAGGGAAUUUGAGUACAGAGACCUACACGAAAGAUCCUAUAAUGUCUCUGAGGAAGGAAAAGAACAGGGUGACCUUCCAGCUACCGCCGGAACUUAAUUUGAACGUGAGCUCGGAAACGUACGUUAAAGGAAACGUUAGCGGAGCGACUUAUACGAAGGAUUCUUCUAUAGCGCAAUUGGACAGCUUGAGUCCCGCAUCAACGACCGUAUCUCCGAUCAACAAUACGAGAUUUUUGGAUCAAAAACAGCAACCGAUUCAUAAUUUCAAACAACCCCUGUGGUCGAUCGAAGAAGAAUCUUCCUUUUACAACAAACGAAAAAGGAAAAACUCCGAUUUGGAUCUGACGGCGAACCACGCGAAACGAGGCGGGGGAUUCACGGGACCGAAAAACUGGUCUAGAAAAGGAGGAAAUGCUUUCACGAUCAGCAAAAACACUUCCGGUUUAAAAUUAACAAGACCGAUCAACACUACGAUCGAAAACGUGAAAGAAACGCCGAUAUCGAGCAUUUCUAAGACCGAUUCUAACGCCGUGAUCGUACAAAAUCCGUUUUUGUUCGCCGCCACGAAUAUGUUGGAUCCGUUCAUAACGCCGCAACUGUACGUCAGCGACGAGUGGUUAGAUAGACAGGAGAAAGACUUCAAAAAGUGGUUGAAUUCUUUAUUGACGCCGCCCGAUGAGUUGCUGUCCGAAGAUAGGGGCGUCGAUGUGGCUAAAAUUUGGCAAGAAUGCAAAAAGAUAGAAGUGGAAGCUGCACCGACCAAAGAAGAAAUCUCCAACAAGUACCACGUCAACGCCAAACUGAACAACCUUAGAAAAUCGGCUCAAAAUUUGUUCAGAUCCAAGGAAAUGAACGAUGUUUUAUCGAAAGUUUUGCUGGCCAUCGACAAAGGCAAGCUCAGCAUCAGACAAGACAAGGACGUCCAUUUGAAUCUGGCUAUCAAAUCGGACAUUAUGUCGACUAUAUUAAGUUAUAAUCCAUUGUGGCUACGUAUUGGUCUUGAAACGAUUUACAACGAAACCAUUCCUCUUAAUUCGAAUUCAGAUGUAGUCGGAUUGGGUACUUUCAUACUCAACAGGCUGUUCAAAGAUCCUUAUUUGCUGAAGAAAUACAAAUCCAUUUACACCCCCAAAUACGUGGCUGAAUUCAACAAGUUUUUCAUAAAGAAGUACAUAGUGUUGGUAUAUUUUCUGGAUCAAGCUAAAAAUAGGAAGCUCAUACCUCACAAUCCCUGUUUAUUCCGCACAGAUGGGGCUAUAAAAGAAAGCAGGGAGUUACUUUUGAAGCUAGCUAGAGAAUUACUCUCCGCUGUAGGAGAUAUAACGAAAUUUUUGAAGUUUUCCGGUUACAUAGUCAGCCAUAUUCAAACUUACAUUCACGAGUUCGAUUAUGCUGUAAAUAAUUUAGGUGUGGAUUUAAGAGACGGCGUUCGAUUGACUAAAGUAAUGGAGAUAAUCAUGAUGAAAGAAGAUUUGACGAGCAAUUUGAGAGUACCAGCCAUAUCUAGAUUACAAAAAGUUCAUAAUAUGAAACUGGUAUUCGAUUCCUUAGAGAAAGCUGGUUAUAAAAUAUUGUACGAUAUUUCACCGAAAGAUAUAGUGGAUGGUCAUCGCGAGAAAACCAUGUCGUUUUUAUGGCAGAUUAUCUACAAAUUCGAAGCUCCCCUCAUGGUUAAAAACGCAACUACAAUUCAGACCUGGUUUAGAAGCUUACCGGUUGUGUUGAAACGAAGAAAAUUAGAACGAAUACGAAAUAAUAGAAAUAGCGCUGCUAGGAAGAUACAAAAUUGGUAUAAAAGACAAGUACUAUCGAACAAAUUAUUAAAAUUCGCCGAGAUAUUGAAAAUAUAUUUACUACAGAUUAAAAUAUACAAAUCUGCUGUUAAAAUUCAAAGUUUCUACAAGAUGUACAAGCAACGAAAAGUUUACAUCAACCAAAUAGAAACUAUCAAGCAAAUUCAACGCUUAUCUCGAGGAUGGUUGGUUAGAAACGCCUACACUUCUCGCAUCAAGAGCGCAAAAAUAAUCCAGAGCUACGUACGGAUGUUCCUGGCAAGGAAAUCGUAUUUGAAAAUUAAAACAGCAACCGAAACUUUACAACGUAGAUAUCGAGCCACAAAACAAACUAAAUACCAUUUCGAACGGUAUCAGAAGCUGAAAUCCAGCACAAUUUCGAUACAACAAAAAUGGCGAGCCGUUCUUUUAGGUAGGAAACAAAAAUCCGAAUACCAGAAGAUCAAAAUGGCUGCGAUUAACGUACAAAAGAGAUUUAAGGGUAAAAUAGCGCUACGAAACUAUAGAGAACUCAAAUCGGCUACAAUCAAAAUACAGAAUUGGUAUAGAUCGAUUAAAAUGAUGCAGAUUUGCCGUCAAGAAUAUACAAAGUUGAAACAAACAGUUUUGAUCGUCGAACAACGUUACACGGCUAUGAAAAUGAUGAAAAAAGAUAAACAAAAUUACCAGUUACUUAAAGAAUCUUGUGUCACUAUUCAACAACGAUACAGAGCUCAAAUAAUGAUGAAAGAAACCAGAACUAGCUUUAUACAAAUCAGAAACGCAACUAUGGUAAUACAACGAAGAUUUAGAGCAAAGAAGCUUAUGAUAGAGCAGAAACAACGAUACGAAGAGCUAAAAAGAGCUACUAUUACUAUUCAAAGACAGUAUAGAGCUAACGUCAAUCGAAAACGCUUUUUAACUAUUAAAAACGCCGCUAUUAAAAUCCAGGCAUGUUUUAAAGCCACACGAUGUCGUAAAGAAUAUUUACUUCUCAAACACACCACCAAAAUAGUACAAGAUAGAUAUAGAGCGAAAUUAUUAAUGAAAGUCGAUUUAGAAAACUAUCGAAACAUCAAAAAUGCCGCUAUAAACCGUCCAAACGAAAUUUAGAGCCUUAUUAGCCAUGAGACAAUGCAGAAAUGAUUACAAUCGAUUAAAAACGGCUGCUAUAACAAUCCAAACUAGAUUCAGAGCGAAUAGAGCUAUGAAAAUACAAAGAAAGAACUAUUUAGACCUCAAAAAUGCUGCUAAUAUAAUCCAAACGCGGGUAUAGAGCGAAAAAAAGCGAUGCAACACUGUAAAAACCGUUACGAUGCCGUCAAAAACGCUGCUCUAAUCAUUCAAAGACGAUACAGAGCUAAUCAAUCAAUGAAAAUUACCAGUAAGCACUAUCGAGAACUAUUACAAUGCACUGUUACAAUUCAACGAUUAUUCAGAGCCAAACAAUCUAUGAUUAUAGCAAGAAAUAAUUAUGUUACGUUGAUGAAAGCUGUUAAAUUCGUUCAAAUAAGAUGGCGGGCUAAUUCAGCGGGAAAACAACAAAAAGAACGUUAUGCGGCUUUAAAGAAAUCUGCUAUAACGAUUCAACAAAUUUGGAGAGGGAAUAAAAUAGCGAAGAAACAAAGAUUGGAAUACCAAGAAACUUACAAGUCUGUACUAUUUGUUCAACGGCAGUGGAGAGCUAAUAAAUUAGCUAGAAUUGCUAGAAACAAUUAUUUA